AUGGCGCGUGAAGUUGAAGUUACAUUACAAUUGGAAUGCUGGGUAGAUGAACUGAGUCCCGCACAAAAAAUCGCCUAUGAAAAGGCAGAAAAGGAACACAAUGAAAUUCGCAACAAGCUAAAGGAGAUCAUCCAAGAGACGGGUGGCAAAAACAUCUUCUCCGGUCAAGUUUUCACCGCCUACCAGGUGCUUGGACCGGUGCCGGGUUUAGAUUCAAUAUCGAAACCUAUCAGCGCCUUAACGAAAAAGAAACCUCCGCCAGUUGUGUCAUCCACGAGUACUUCGUCUUCAAAGGUGAUUGCUUCGUCGUACUCUCCCGAACCAUCUACGAGCAUUCGUCGGAGAAGUCGAAGAACAGAAGCUCAGAUAGAGGAAGAAGCAGAUUCUGUUAUGGAUAUCUCAGAUGAAGUCGAUGAAGAUUUUGUACCACUCUCCAAGCGAAUGAAACUCAAGGAAAAGGACAAGACACCGAAAGAUACACCAGGAUCCAGAAAAUCCAGAGAACCGGAUAACAUUAAAAGUCCCGAAUCGAAAGCAAAAUCAUCCAAAUCUGUACCGCCAGCAAAAGUAGCAGCCAUAUCUGUACGCCCUACAGAAUUUAAUUCAAUUGGUGGCCUACAGGUGGGCAUGGAAAAGGAUAAAAAACGUACUGUUGCAGAACCAACAGCUGUCGUCGAUCUCACUAAAGAAGACUCGGCUAAGCCGACGCCAGAUUCUAGAGAGAUAUCAUUUAGUAAGAUUCAGGGUAAAACCUUUCCCUCGCUCGUUGUGCUCGCAAGACCAUCAUUGCGCGUGACGGACAAAGCUACCACCGAUCGUCCGCAGCUUGACGCAAAGGUAAAGAACGUGUUGAUACACUCCGCGCCAAAGUUUACCGAAUGGCUCAUUCAACAAGGGCUAAUCAAAUCGGAACAAAACUGUCAGGUUCAUUCCGAUAAGAUGCUCAAAUUGGGCAUGUACUCUGAUACAAGCAAAUUUCCCUACUCUGGUGGAUACUUUUGGAUAAGUGAUUGCUGUCCGACUCGAUUUACCUCCGUUUUCAAUGGAUCGUUGUUUGAAGGAUGCCCCCACCCACCGUCGGUAAUUUUAAAGUUAAUUUAUCAUUGGGCCUGUCAAACGAAUGUUUCGAAUGUGGUAAACUGGGUAAAGGUGGAUAAUGUGUAUCUAAAAGGAUUGUACACGCUACUGAGGUCCACAUGCACGUUGGCUUUAUGUCGGCAUAUGAAGGUUCUCGGUGGUCCCAGAAAAUUCAUCGAAAUUGGCGUUAUAUCUCUUGGAACGACCACACAGGAUGGCCAGCAACGCCAGGUGAAGGUGGAAGUUCUUGGAGUGCUUGAUCCUGAGGCUAAAAUAUUACGCCUUCGCGCAGUAGAGCCACUUACAGAUGGUGAUCGAAGCUAUAAAAAGCGAUUUUCAAAAAUAUUGGAGCCCCUCAGCGAUUGGGUUGAUAAGGAAAGCACGAUACUUACCGACUUAACAGUAGACAAGGGAACAUUGAACAGCAUGGGAUAUAAAUUAGUGGAACAGGUCUCUCCAGCUGAAGCGAAUGGGAAAAACAGCAACGCAAAUAUCAUGGACUAUCUACGGCGCAUCGUUCCUCGUAUGUUUCAAAACACGCUGUCCCUGCUUUCACGGCAGAUUAUCCAGCAAUUUUUAAAUGAAUUGGUGUGGCGCGAGCUAUAUGGGAAUAGUCCCGGUAGUACAUUCGAUAAUAUUGUAAAACACCUUGCGGAGGAAGCAAAAAUUGAAACGAGCGAUAAUUUAAUAACGCGUUUGAAUAAGGCCGCUGCAGAUCCUUUUAAACAUUGGGAACCCGCUCCAGAUUUAUCAACACCAUCGAAACCCCCUGCAAAACGUGGACGGAAACCUAAAGACCCUACCAUCGAAGCUUCAUACGCUGCAAGUAGUGUCCCUCUUGCACAGACAGCAGUAGCGGAGAAUCGUGUACCAUUGGAGCCACCGAAAAAAAAUAUCUUUAAGAAGGUCAAAUUAGACGACGAAACGACUGGGAUGCAGCAGGCCCCGGUAUUACAAGCAGCAUUGGAAGAUCCGAAAAAAAAUGUUGAAAAGAGCCGUAAAAAAUUAGAAACGGUAUCACUAGAGUCGUAUUAUUACAGUAGCACAGGCGGUGUAGAGCUAAAGGAGUCCGCGUUACCGUGUGUCGAUUUUGAAGUAGCAUGCCCCGAAUGCCCUGCCAGGACCUUCCAUAGCAAUGUGGAUUUAUUAGAUCAUCUCUUGUGCCAUGUAAGCUCUGUCGUGCAAAGUGAAGCAAACGCAAUUCAGUGCCGCGUUUGCUUGAAAUCUGUAACAAGCAAAGCAGAGUUAAAUAAGCAUCGAAGUCAGGCUCAUCCACUGGAAACUAAAAGUACACUAUCGACAACAUGCAACUGUCUCAUUUGUGAGCAACGAUUCAGUUCAUUACCAGUACUGGUGAAACAUCUGCAGAAAAAUCAUUUUCCGUUGGAAAUGCCAUAUCGUUGUGCUGGGUGUGAUUUUUCUAGCUCUACGCUUCUCACCACGAUCGAUCAUUUCUACGAACGGCACGUGGGAACAAACCUUUUACAAUGUCCCUUUUGCUUGAAAAUGUCAUGUGCCUAUCGCAGCAGCAACAGUGAGACCAACAGUAAAAGCAUCUCGAAUGAGUCGGCUCCGCUCUUUUACAAUGUUAAAAUGUUUUUGAAGCAUUUGCGUAGACAUGCGAACAAAACGAUCUCGAAACGGUGCAACAAAUGUGUGCUGACUUUUCUUUCCAAGGGUUCGCUGAAAUUUCACUGCAUGUUUAACCACUGUGAGAGCAAGAAGCACGAGAAUGUGAGACAAAUUACUAAGCAUGAAACCACAAUCGUAAAACCCAAGAAAAAAAUAUCGAGCCAGAAAGACGUGUCCACAUAUCGCAUCAUCAAGCCGUGGAAUAAACUAACCUUAAACGUGAAAAGUGGAACCAUUUGCCUCGAAUGCGGUAACGAGUUUGAAGAAUUCAACCACACAAUUGGGCUGGUGCAGUGUGUAAUGUGUUCGUAUCAAACAUCCUGUUUGCCUUCGGCCGUGAGCCAUGUUGCACUGUGCAGUCCCAAUUUAUCGUCAUCGGUGAGACGAUAUGCAGUUGCUAAAUUAGAGCAGGAGCUGCAUUGCAAAUGUGGCUAUUCCUCGUUUGAUGGCCAUAGCUUGGCUAGACAUUUGGUUGUUUGCGACCGCACUGGAUCAGUGUAUCCGUCAGUAGAAGCAGCACAGGCGAGUGUAGGCGAACGCAGUAUGCUAGACAUGCUCGGUCUAGUUCGUCGAGAUGGAGACGAAGUACAACCUGAACAAUACGAGAAUGAAUUAAUAAAACAAACAACAUUGCUGAACACAGAUUCUCAAGUAAAUAGCACUGCUGAUGAGGGACAGAUUACCAGUGCUUCGCAGGGUUACAACGAAAGCAUCGCAGGCAGCGUCUCAUUUGAUGAUUUGCCAACACUUUAUAAUAUAGCCGGAACAGAGGGAGAACAGCAAUUCAAUGUGCAGUUAUCUUUCGAUGAUCUAGGGCCAUCCUCAGUCUUACCGCCACAAUACGACAACGAUCGCACACCGCAGCUUAAGGACGAUUAUCAGUCGCUGGCAACACCACGUGUUCCCGAUCAGCCUGAUUGUUAG